CGGUCCCGGCUCCGUUUCCCGGAUUUGCCGGCUCCGUUUCCCGGCGGUCCCGGCUCCGUUUCCCGGCGGUCCCGGCUCCGUUUCCCGGCGGUCCCGGCUCCGUUCCGCCGAGGCCCCGCCUGGCCGCGAUGGCGGCGCGGGCGGCGCUGGACGCGGCGGUGCCGCGGGACGUGGUUCUGUUCAGCCACGACCGGAGCCGCCUGUUCCGCCUGGCCGGGCUGUUCUGCGCGGGGCAGGCGCUGUUCUGGGCUUACCUGGCCCGCGUCGCCUUCACCGCCCUGCGGCCCCAGCCCGGCCCCGGCCCCGGCCCCGACCCUGAGCCCGGGCCCCGGGACCCGCUGCGGCCCCGCGACAACAAAUGGCGCUUCGGCUUCGCCGCCUCCUGCCUCGGCAUCGGGUCCCUGACGGUGGCCGCGGGCUGGCUGUGCCCGCUGCGGGUGGUGCGGAGGGUGACGCUGCUCCGGGGGGGCUCUCGGGUGACGCUGCAGACCCACGGCCCGCUGGGCUGGGGGCGCGGCGAGACCCUCACGGUGCCCCUGCGCGACGUGUCCGCCCGCGCCCACCGCGCCGAGGCCGCGGCCGCCGUGCCCGUCCGGGUGCGGGGCCGCCCCUUCUUCUUCCUGCUCGACAAGAGGGGGCUCGUCGGGGACCCCCGGCUCUUCGACCUCACCGUGGGCGCCUACCGCAAGUUCUAGG